AUGAGGGCUCACAAGACGACGGUUAAGAUGGAGUACGACGAGCGAUACACACCGUUCUUCAGGAGAGCCCGACUAUUGGGUUUCGUCCCGCAGUUCAAGUGUAAGCCGCCAACGCUCAUCCACUCAGCUCUCACGGCUUUUAUCGACCGGUGCCGGCCAGAGACGCAUAGCUUCCAUCUUCCAUGUGGGGAGAUGACCGUGACCCUCGAGGAUUGGGCGAUCAUUACGGCCCUACCGCUCGAGGGUCGUGCUCUCACAGGACGAGUGGAGAGGACGAACUGGCACGAUAGGGGUGUCACCCUCAUCGGCGACUGCCCCCCCCCCGCUAAGAGCAACCGGACUUUCGGCAUACCGUUGCCAUGGCUCCUCGAGCACCGGAGCAAGUGCCCGGAAGAUGCCGAAGCCCGGGUGGUGGAGCAGUACGGCAGGGCCUACCUAUGGUAUCUUCUCACGGAGGUAGUGUUUCUGGACUGCUCUGGGAACUCUGCCCUAUGGAUGUAUCUCGACUUCCUAAAGGACAGGGAUGCGAGGUACAGCUGGGGGGCAGCCGGACUCGCCUACCUAUACCCUUUGCUUGACGACGCAACCCAGAGAGCAGAAGUCACGUCCGAUGACGAAGAUGAUCGGAACCCGACCAUCGCAUACACUUGGGACGUGGUGCAUGUCUACACGGGCGAAUCCAAGGCCUUGUACAAGGUCUUCAGCAACGAGCUUGAUGCUCUCACGCCUUUCCAGGUGACUUGGCGGCCGUAUAAUGAUGAUCGAGAGUGGGGGUUCGAGCUGAACAACAUGUGCAAGCAGGAGCGGCUUCUCUGGCGGUGCAUCAUGCCCAUGAUUUGUGUCUAUGCCGUGGAGUACCACUUGCCACAGCGUGUCGUCGCGCAAUUUGGUAAGGCGCAACACACACCACCAGCCGGCAUCGUCCACGAUACCAGUGGCUACGACCUACACCUGUGA